GCCACGCUAACGUCAAUUCACCUAUAGUGUGCCAUUGGUAACCAUGAAUGCCAUCAUAAAAUACUUUAAGCAAGAAUGCACAUUGUAUAUGUUAGGUUUGGAACACCCAAACCCUUCAGAUUUUUACAUAAGCGUUUGGCAAAAGUCCCGUUCCACGGUCCCACUUUUACUAUGGAGGGCAUUGCUUUUAAUAAUAUCAUUGGCUAUAAUAAUUACCUCAUUCUCUUGUUACAUAACAAGCGCGUUUUCUGUUGGAUAUUGGUUUAUUUAUUUGACUCAUUGGGGCUUAGUGCUAUUGGUUGCAUCCACUGGAUUUGGAGUUGCAACUUCCGCAAGUGUUUAUUUCUAUGGACCACUCAGCGCUGAUUUAAAGCUGCCUUGGUACGUGAAAACAUUCUGGGUGCUUCAUAACGUUUCCGUUCCUGUGGCUUUUCUCAUCACUAUAUUCUACUGGACCGUGCUUUAUGAUGCUGAUUUUCAAGAAGAGAUGGACCGUCGUCUCAACAUAGCAGUGCACGCAGUCAACACGCUAAUAAUGUUGCUAAUGUUGCUGAGCUCGUCCCACCCCACCCGCUUCCUACACAUGAUACAUCCGUUCCUCUUCGCACUGACCUACAUGGUCUUUGGCAUCAUUUAUUACCACGCUGGGGGGAUAAAUCAAUUGGGAGACCGAUGGAUAUAUGCUGUGGUGAACUGGAGCGAGCCCGGUCCAACAAUUUUAGUAGUAUUUGUGACAGGUCUUCUGCUCAUUAGCCUGCACCUUGUCACGAUAGGCUUGUCUGUAGCACGGGAUGCUCUUGCCAAACGCAUAAUACGGCACCCCGUCACUGUAGAUUUAGACGAGAAUGGUGAUCUUCGCUCACGGACCUCGAAUUCAUAUCGAUCAAAAACCUAUAACAGUAGGCUAUGCACAAGAUUUUCUCGAUCGCAAGGAGUCGAUUUCGAGUAUGGAAAUAAUGGACCAUGUGUUGAUGUUAGUAUGCCAGUAGUAACCAUGAGUGCCAUCAUAAAAUAUUUUAAGCAAGAAUGCAAGUUGCUUAUGCUAGGUUUGGAGCAUCCGAAACCUUCGGAUUUUUAUACAAGCGUUUGGCAAAACACGCGUUCCUCGGUCCCACUUUUAAUAUGGAGAGUGUUACUUUUCUUAACAUCAGUGGGGAUUGUAAUUACCUCAUUUUCUUUUUACAUUAUAAGCCCAUUUUCUGCGGGUUAUUGGUUUAUUUAUUUAACACACUGGGGCCUGUCAUUGAUGAUUGCAUCCACUGGGUUUGCAGUUGCAACUUCCGCACGUGUUUAUCUCUAUGGACCAAUCAGCGCUGACUUAAAUCUGCCUUGGUACGUGAAAACUUUCUGGGUGCUUCAUAACGUUUCCGUUCCUGUUGCCUUCCUCAUCACUGUGUUCUACUGGACCUUACUAUAUAAUGUUGAUUUCCAAGAAGAGAUGGACCGUGGCUUGGACAUAGCGGUGCAUGCAGUAAACACGCUCAUAAUGAUGCUAAUGCUAAUGAGCUCGUCCCACCCCACUCGUUUCCUACACAUGAUUCAUCCUUUCCUCUUUGCCCUCACUUACGUGGUCUUCAGCGCUGUUUAUUACCUCGCCGGGGGGAUAAAUCCACUGGGAGACCCGUGGAUAUAUCCAGUAGUAAACUGGAGCGACCCUGGCCCCACCAUUUUAGUGGUGUUUGUGACAGGCCUGCUCCUAGUGAGCCUGCACUUCAUCACGAUCGGCCUGUCUGCAGCCCGGGAUGCUCUUGCUAACCGCAUCAUACGCCCGUCCGUCACUGUCCAUUUAGACGAGAAUGUGGCUCUACGCACGCAGACCGCAAAUACGUGA